AUGAACCUCGAUAAUCAAGUGUCUCUUUGUGGAAUCGUACCAGCGUGCUCUAUACAGACAUCGGUAACUCAGGCGUCGGGAGAUCUUUUCUCUGAUAGCAAUUGCGGGGAACCCCUCCUGUCGCAACGGAUUGUUCUAGAUUUCACACCAGACGAAGCUUUGGAUCAAGACCUUAUUCAACGAAAGUGUGUCGCUUUUUGGGAGUUCGUUGAAAGAAAUCCAGAUCUGCAGAACUUGGGCACUUGUCCUGACUACAACGUUUUUGAUAAAAAUACAACCACGCCUAGUAGUAGUUACGCAAUGAAAAAGGAGAUUGCAAUCGAUAAAGAAGACAAAAAGAAGACAGCGGUCUCUAUGCUUGAAUUGGUCGAGAACAAAGGGCUCAUUGACCGCGCAUUUGAAGGCAAGCUACCGCAGUCCUAUUGUUCGUUCGGCGAAGACCAAUAUUCCGCAAAUGACUCGAUUGCCAUUACUCAAGAGAAAGGUCUCGAAGGUGACGGAAAGCAGAAUAAGAAAUACCCACCUCGAGGCGCGCUUAAGAAAUUGUGCUUGAAGCUUGAUGAUUGGAAUGCAGCACAUCCAAGAUAUAUAAAGCCACCAGGACAUUCACAAACGCUACUCACAAGCAAAAGAUGCAAAAAUGCUCAUUUAUAA